AUGGAGAGGGGCCGCAAGCGCUCCGUGACUGAGAGCGUGGAGCCUUCUGAGUCGCACCCCGAAGGACCUCCGACCUACUCUAGGAGGGUGUCUUCGUUGAGCGGCGUUGGUGUUGCGGAUCCCCCUCGACCUUCUUCAGAACCACUGGGAGAUGUAGGUACUGCAGACGGUGCUGCUGAUCCCCAUCGACUUUCUUCAGAACCACUGGGUGAUGUACGUGCUGCAGACGCUGCUGAUCCCCGUCGACUUUCUUCAGAACUAACUGGGUCCAUUAGCGCUGCAUCUGUGCCGGCUGCUCUGGGUUCAGUUGUUCUUGAUGAUCCACAGGUCGGUAGUGCACAGUCCGUUUUUGAAGCUUUGACCUUAGACCAUGAGCAGCUGUGUCGUUUAGCCCAACCUGGUUGUGAUCUUCAUCCUCUCCUACAAGCGCAAGCGCAGGUGGAGUGUGACCGCUUGAGAGGGCUUGUGUCAGAGAAAGCCCCAGACCAUGGCACGUGGGAUGGUCGCUGGUCUUUGCCUGCUAGGUCUCAGCAUGAGUUGCUUCAAUCCCUUGGAGUCCCUAUACCCACCGGUGUUCCUGAGGAUGAAAAGCUUUGGUCUCACAUGAACGCCUUUGAGAAGAAGCUGUGGGCCGAGGCUGCUGUCAAGGGCUGGAGCGCUUACGUGGACAAUGACGCCGUACGCGUCCUGAGCCUGCAGGAAAGCCUGGCGGUCCGGAAGGAGCUAGCUCGCAAGCGCGAGCUGGACCGCAUCCUCACGCCGAGGUUCGUCAUGACGGAUAAGAAUGACUCCUUGAGGACCGAAGGCGUGAACUUGCCUCCUGCUCCCAGUGCCCGCCUUGUUGUACCAGGCUUUAAGGACCGAGCCAACCUGGAGGGCGAGAUCCGACGGGACGCUCCGACUGGGAGUCGGCUAAGCCAACACCUUCUGGUCUCCUUGGUGGCCUACCACAGCGACACCUGGAACCUGCUCUCCGCUGAC